GGAGACAAAGUUUAUGGGCCAUCUUCGACUACAAGGCUUAAGAGACACUAUUGUGAGUCCACCUGAUACCGAUGAAGAUGAUGAAGAUCCAGUGAAAAAUGCGGAGGCAUACGCUGAGCUGAUCCAGUUUCUGGAUGACAAGAGUCUGUCGCUGGUGAUGCGCGAAGCAGCUGAUGAUGGACGCAAGGCGCUACAGAUCCUGAGAGACUACUACCAGAACAAAGGAAAGCCUCGUAUUAUCAGUCUUUAUACUGAACUGACGUCACUCAAAAAGACAGAGAAUGAAAGUGUGACGGAAUACAUAAUCCGAGCUGAGACUGCAAUCACGGCCUUAAGAAACGCCGGUGAAACUCUGAGUGAUGGCCUGCUGGUAGCAAUGGUUUUGAAGGGGCUACCUGAAACAUUUCAACCCUUCGCUAUCCAUGUUACACAGCGAGAUGAAACCAUGACUUUUGCAGAAUUCAAGACAAAACUGCGGAGUUAUGAGGACACUGAAAAGAUGCGCGCCGCAGCAGCAGGUGACGAUGUGAUGAAGGUCCGCGCGCACCAGAGAGGAAGACCUGCAAACGCAGAUGAGCGAGGAGCAGAGAGGGCGACGACAGACCUGAUGUGCUUCAGAUGCGGCCUGAGAGGACAUCUAGCCAGAACCUGCCGCCGCAAACUGUGGUGCAGUUCGUGCAGGAGCAACAUGCACCGGGACGACACCUGUCGACGCAGACAGCGCAGAGAGCGGGACGACGCACGCAAAGCCUGCGGUGAGACGGAGAGCAAGGAUAAAGAGUUUGCUUUCCAAGUGAGCGAAGGAACGGGCAUCAACCCGAGGGGCUUGAUGGUCGACUGCGGAGCAACUUCGCAUAUCAUCACCGAUCUCCGAAAGUUCAGGCGCUUUGAUGAACGUUUUCAAGCCGGGUCACACUGCGUGGAGCUGGCUGACGGCACGAAGAGUAAAGGAGUGGCUGAACGUCGAGGUGACGCGGAAGUCUGGCUGAUUGACAGCGGGGGAAGACGCGUCAAAGCUUUACUGAAAGAAGCUUUGUACAUCCCAUCCUAUCCACAAGACAUUUUCUCUGUGAAAGCAGCUACAGCCAAUGGAGCGACGGUGAUCUUCAAAAACAGGAAGGACGUGUUGAUCCACAGAGA